AUGUUCCGCCCGUCUGUCAUCUGGGGCCAGGGAGUGGCCGUCACUGGAUCGAAAUCACCUACUGAGGCAUCACCUGCUGCUGUAGACUCUGAUGAAUAUGUGUCAUCACCGCCGGACCCCUUUCAUUACUUUUCAGGUCUUCUGGUGGACUACAAGCCCGAGAACGCCAGCAAUUGGAUAAUGGACGUCGAACUCAUGCACCAUUACACGGCCAGUGCUUACACGACCAUCGCUUUCCCUGUUCACAGCGAUGUUCAGGAUGCUCUUCAAAAUGAUCUGCCCAAAGAAGGCCUGCGUUAUCCUUUCCUGAUGCACCAAAUCCUUGCAUUUGCUGGGUUCCACCUGGCGUACACACAACCACAGCGACGCCACAUCUAUCUCAAGCAGGCGUCUCAACACCAGAACUUCACAAUCCACGGUAUGAGGAAGACAUUAUCUGGCGCGAUUUCGUCCGAGAAUUGUCACGCUACAUACGCUACCUCCAUAUUCAUCUGCUUAGGGGCCUUUGCAGUGUACCCGUGCUACGAGAAUUACAAUACAUUCUUCUCGCCAAUCGACAGUAUUGCUGAGAUCUUCACUUUGAUCACGGGAAUGGGCUUGAUAUUAUUCACUUCGGAUGAGGAGUUGAGGGCGGGGCCUCUAAAGAAGUUAUUCACAUGGCGAGAUGAAGGGAGCAGCUCCGACCAUCCUUGUCCUGAGCUGUCUGGCCGGCUGCCUCUUCUUGAGGCCCAGCUGGACGAGUCCAGCAUUGAGCCUGGGGAGGAGGUCAAGACUUGCAUGAAAAAGGCAACGGCAGCGCUCGAGGAAUGUCUGAACAGAGUGUCGCAGCGUGGCGGCCUAGGACAUGCCGCGCUCAGAGCCGCCUUCUUAUGGCCGCUCUUGCUCUCGACCCAGUAUCUGGAGUGGAUCAAAUGCCGGCAUCCGGCCGCGAUGGUGAUCCUGGCUCACUACGCCCUCAUCCUGCAUUCCGCCGAGGCCGACUGUUGGUACUUGCGUGGAUGGGGAAGAGCGAUUGCUGAAUCGGUGGCAGGGAGGGUAGAGUCCAACAAAGAGUAUCGACACAAGCCAGUGAUUGCGUUGGAUCGAUUUGAUGCCAUGAGCCACGGCUCGCAUUUCUCAAAGGUCUUAUUCGCCUCGUGGUUCCGAUCCAGACCCAGCCUGAGCUACAACCCUAGCCCCACACUUCUUGAAACCGACGACGACUGCGACUGCGACUACGACAACGCUAGCGACAGCGUCUGGGAGAACGUAGUUGAUUUGGUCCCUGAGGAGGAUUUCAUGCGAUGCGGCCGUCUGAAGCACGAAUGCCAGGACUUUAUUCAUGAUACAGAUAUGCCGAAGCCAGUGUACACGAUACAGAGCAAGGCCACGAUCGACGUAGGAGCCAUAGUUGGCUUCUGCGUUCAUGAAAGGGAGAACCGCGUCCUUGAAACCAUCUACAUGGCCAGAGCAAUGAAAAUCAUGGAUGUAGAGUAA